AUGGGGGGCACCAAGAGCAAAGCGCAAGGCAAAGAUGGCUACAGCGACAUUGGUGGCGAGGUUAUCCGGAUUUCAGAGCACAUGGGCAAGAUCCCGGUGUCCGGAAGGUAUCACCGCAAGCCUCGCAGAAUCGGAGACGACUACAAGAUACACGAGACCGUUCUCGGCAGUGGCUACAAUGGUGUCGUGAACAUGGCAACGAGUAUUGGCCUCGACGAUGACCAGAAGUUCGCUGUCAAGGCAUUUAAGAUUGGCAAGCUGAAGCGCGACAAGAAGGCGCAGUUGGAGUCUGAAGUAGGGAUCUACCUCUGCAUGGAUCAUCCGCACAUCACGAGACUUUUCGAUGUUUACGAAGCAGAUGACUACUUGUACCUGGUCAUGGAGUGCAUGGAGGGUGGGGAGCUUUUCGACCGAGUCACGACGCUGAAGAAAUUUGGUGAGCGUGACGCGGCCGAUGCUGUCUCUCAGAUGCUGCUGGCUUUGAACUACAUUCAUAGCCACGGCAUCGUCCACCGGGAUCUUAAGUUGGAGAACUUUUUGUAUGAGUCAAAGACGAGCAACCACCUCAAACUGAUCGAUUUUGGAUUCAGCAAAGUGUGGGACCCGAACAUCAAGAUGCAUGUCAGCUGCGGCACCCUUGCCUAUGUUGCGCCGGAGGUGCUCAAGAAAGAUUACACCAGUCAGUGCGACAUUUGGAGCCUGGGCGUCAUCACAUUCGUCCUGCUGUCUGGCUACAUGCCCUUUUCGGGCUCGGAGACCGUUCAGACAAAGAAUAUCGCCUCGGGGAACUACAUCCUGAAGCCAGAACGAUGGAGUAGUGUUUCCAUCGAAGGGCGGCAGUUUGUCAAGGGAGUCCUUGAGGUCAACCCGCAGAAGCGGAUGACUGCAGCGACCGCACUGCAACACCCUUGGAUCAAGAACAGGCAUGACUUGGUCCCAUGGAAAGACGUCGAUGAUUCAGUUGUCGAGGCCCUUCGCAAGUUCGGCCACGCCUCCAAGUUCCGGCGAGCUUGCAUGGAGAUGAUGGCCUGGUCUUUGUCCAAGGAGGAGCGCGCACAGGUGCGAGAGUCCUUCAUCGCCCUCGACCAUUCGCAGCAGGGCACCAUCAAGCUGCGGGACUUGAAGCAGGUCAUGCAGGAGAAGUUCAACGUCUCUGAAGGGGAGACAAAGCAGGUCUUCGAUGCCCUGGACUCUAACCAUGAUGAGGAGAUUCACUACUCCGACUUCCUGGCUGCAAUGGUGAGCACGCGCAUCUCUCUCCACGAUCAUUUGCUAAAGGCAACCUUCAAGAAGUUUGAUGUGGACAGCUCUGGGUACAUCACUUGCUCGAACUUGAAAGAGGUUCUCGGCGAAACCUGGGAAGGCGAACAGGUCGAGAAGCUCUUGGCUGAGGCGGAUAUCUUGAAGGACAACCGGAUCAGUUACCAAGAGUUCAAGUCGUACUUGCGUGGCGAUCCCAUGAACGUCAACUCAGAGUUGGCUGCACAGGUGAUCGAUGCACAACUCAAGCAAGGGAAGCGGGCGAGCGCCGUGAAGGGAGUGCAGGAGAUGGAGGAGAUCAACGAGAUGUUGUCACCUUCACACAGUCAUGCGACGAGCUUUGCGGGCAGCUCCCCUGUUGCCACGUUUCCCCCUGCCCUGAGCGCUUCCGCGGCAGCCAACUCUGGUACUGCUCCGGAGACGUCAGAAGUUGUCGUCACCCCCGACGGGGAGAUCGUCAGAACAGGUGAGCGUGACCGGAAUGCCAUGGGAGGAGCCAUCAUUCACCACAUUUCCGAGACCAUGAUGAAGCCAGAGUUGCAGCUUGCUCAGCUGUGA